AUGAAGCUCACCCAAGCAACCACUCUCCUCCUCUCCCUAGGCCUAAGCCUACCGGUAGAGGGCUUCUCCCUGUCCCGAACCGACGCAGUCGGGCCCAAACCACCAUUCCGACCUCUUCCGGCCAGUUCACCCCGGAACAAGACCUGCCAUGUCCACAGCAACGGAGAUGGCACGGACGAUGCACCAUACAUACUCUCAGCCCUGAAGCAAUGCAACAACGGUGGCAAGGUCGUCUUCGACGAAGACAAGGAGUACACGAUUGGCACCGCCUUGGACAUGACCUUCCUGAAGCACGUCGACCUGGAAAUCCUCGGCAAAAUCACCUUCACCCCCGACACAGACUACUGGCAAGCGAACGCCUUCAAACACACGUUCCAGAACGCCACCACCUUCUUCAACCUCGGCGGCACAGACGUCAACGUCUACGGCGGCGGCGAGCUCAACGGGAACGGCCAGGUCUGGUACGACCUGUACGCGGAGGAUGCGCUCAUCCUGCGGCCCAUUCUCGUCGGCAUUAUCGGGCUGCACGGGGGCACGAUCGGCCCACUGAAGCUGCGGUAUUCGCCGCAGUGGUAUCAGCUCGUUGCGAAUAGUUCGGAUGUGCUGUUCGAUGGCAUUGAUGUUUGGGGGUAUAGUAGUAGUGAGCAUGAGGCGAAGAAUACGGAUGGAUGGGAUACGUAUCGGUCGAGUAAUAUCGUUAUCCAGAACUCGGUCAUCAACAACGGGGAUGACUGCGUCUCCUUCAAACCAAACAGCACCGAGAUCCUCGUCCAGAACCUCCACUGCAAUGGUUCCCACGGUAUCUCCGUGGGCUCACUAGGCCAAUACCCAGGCGAAGUUGAUAUCGUGCAGAACGUCCUCGUCUACAACAUCUCUAUGUAUAAUGCCUCUGACAUGGCCCGCAUAAAGGUCUGGCCCGGUGUGUCCAGCGCAAUGUCCGAAGAUCUCCAGGGUGGAGGCGGCCUCGGCAGCGUCCAGAACAUCACCUACGACCACAUGUACAUCGAGAAUGUGGACUGGGCGAUUGAGGUUACGCAGUGCUAUGGACAGAAGAACCAGACGUUGUGUAACCAGUAUCCGAGCAACCUUACGAUUAGCGAUGUCUACUUCAAUGAUCUCACGGGUGUCACAUCUGCAAAGAAUGACCCUAACGUGGGAACGAUUAUUUGUUCGAGUCCUGAUGUUUGCUCUGGUAUUCAUGCCACGAAUAUCGAUGUCAAGAGUCCUAAGGGGAACAGUGAUUUUAUUUGUACCAAUGUUGACGAGGAGUUCUUGGAUGUUAAGUGUGCUUCGUCCAGCUAA